AGGCUUCGAGGCUGCAGUAGUCGUUGCGGAACCUCCUAGUCCUGCUCAGCCGCUGCCGUUGAGCCGCGCUAGGAGCCCGGCAGAGGAAGGUGCCGCCGCAGCCAGAAACCCGAAGCCCGCGACUGAAGCCCGCCGCCGCCCUCCGGGGACACCUCAAGCAGUACCAUGGUGAAGGUGACGUUCAACUCGGCUUUGGCCCAGAAGGAGGCCAAGAAGGACGAACCAAAGAGCAGUGAGGAGGCGCUCAUCAUCCCCCCCGACGUCGUCGCGGUGGACUGCAAGGACCCAGAUGAAGUGGUGCCAGUUGGCCAGAGAAGAGCCUGGUGUUGGUGCAUGUGUUUUGGACUAGCAUUUAUGCUUGCAGGUGUCAUUCUAGGAGGAGCAUACCUGUACAAAUAUUUUGCACUUCAACCAGAUGAUGUGUACUACUGUGGAAUAAAGUACAUCAAAGAUGAUGUCAUCUUAAAUGAGCCUUCUGCAGAUGCCCCAGCUGCACGCUACCAGACAAUUGAGGAAAAUAUUAAGAUCUUUGAGGAAGAUGAAGUUGAAUUCAUCAGCGUGCCUGUCCCAGAGUUCGCAGACAGUGAUCCUGCCAACAUUGUUCAUGACUUUAACAAGAAACUCACAGCCUAUUUAGAUCUUAACCUGGAUAAGUGCUAUGUGAUUCCUCUGAAUACUUCCAUUGUUAUGCCACCCAGAAACCUGCUGGAGUUACUUAUUAACAUAAAGGCUGGAACCUAUUUGCCUCAGUCAUAUCUGAUUCAUGAACACAUGGUUAUCACUGAUCGCAUUGAAAACGUUGACCACCUGGGUUUCUUUAUUUAUCGACUGUGCCAUGACAAGGAAACUUACAAAUUGCAACGCAGAGAAACCAUUAAAGGUAUUCAGAAACGUGAAGUCAGCAAUUGUGUUACGAUUCGGCAUUUUGAAAACAAAUUUGCUGUGGAAACUUUAAUUUGUUCUUGAACAGUCAAGGAAAAGUUGGAGAAAAAUUUAAUAUUACAGCAUAAGCCUACCCUUUGUAUUUUGUGCAGUGAUUAUUUUUUAAAAUCUUCUUUCAUGUAAGUAGCAACCCCAGGCUUCACUAUCUUUUCAUUUCGUUAAUUCAAUUAAAACCAGUUCCUAUUAAAAAUCUUUUCUUCUUUCCUAGUGUGGUCUCUUUUAUCUUUGAGUUAGUAGUUGUAUAAAAUCAUAGAUAAUAGUACACUGCACCAUAUAUUUUAGGUAUAGAGGAUUUAUGUUUUCAUUAUGCAUUUCCAGAGGAAUGGUUAAAGAAUAAUCAUAUAAAUACAUACAUAAAGAUGGACUACCAUGACCUAUUUGUAGUUGUUAGUUGCCCUGCUACUUAGUUGGUAGAGCAUUUGAGCACACAAUUUAAUUUUUCUUUAAAGUAUGCAGUAUUUUCAGUGUCAUAUUUAACUAUUUAGAGUAUGAUUUCCACCUCUGUGUUUUAAUAUCUUAAGCAUCUGCUGUAAUAACAUUUUAGAAAAUGUUUGAAAUUUAAGAAAUAACUUGUGUUAUUAAUUUGUAUAAUCCUUAUCUGUGCAAUGUAAUAUAAAUAUCAAAAGUUGUUUAACUAAA